AUUUUUUAAAGAUGCAAACAUCUGCUUGCUUCUGCAAUUGCACUCUGGUAUUCUGAAGACCGGCGGUUUUGAAACGCGGUGCCAAUCUUUUAGAAUUACUUUCCGAGGAGCCCAGCAAAGGCUGGGCUGCCCCGGCCAGGCGGCCGCUCAGCACGAGCCGUCCUGCGCAGCCUGCGCGCGUGCACCCGUCUGCCUUGCGCACUUUGCCCGUCUCCCUUUGCAGACACGGGCGCGCAGCCCUUCCUGGGUGCCGGGCACAGCGGCUGGGGCUGCCGGCGCGAGAGCGUGUCCAGCAUGUCCCUCCAGACCCUCCUGGUGUUCCUGGGCGUCUUUCUGCUCGUCGCCGACUACAUGAGGAGGAGGAAGCCCAGAAACUUCCCCCCCAGCCCCUUCCCGCUCCCCUUCCUGGGCCAUAUCCUCACCAUGGACUUUGGCGAUCCCAUCCAGGCGGCUCAGCAGCUUUCUGAAAAAUAUGGGGACGUCUUCAGCCUGCACGUGGGCAGCAUGUCCUGCGUCUUCGUCAGUCGCUUCCAGAUGGUCAAGGAGGUGCUGGUAAACCAAGGUGAAAACUUCCUAGAUCGCCCGGACCUCCCUUUCGAUGUGGCGGUCUUCAAUGGCGGUGGUCUGACCUCCUCUAAUGGACACACUUGGAAACAGCAGAGAAGAUUCACCCUGUCGACGCUCAGGAACUUUGGCCUGGGGAAGAGGAGCUUGGAGGAGCGGAUACAGGAGGAGAGCCGGUACCUUGUCGACGCCAUCGGGGAAGAGCAGGGGCAUCCUUUUGACCCCCACUUCAAGGUCAAUAACGCCGUUUCCAACAUCAUCUGCUCGGUCACCUUCGGCAACCGCUUCGAGUACAGCAACGAGCAUUUCCAGAAGCUGCUGCAGCUGCUGGACAAGCUGCUGGUGCUCCACGGCCACCCCAUCAGCCAGCUCUACAGUUCUUUCCCAGGGAUACUGAAAUACCUCCCCGGACCCCACCAGACCAUUUCUAAAAGCUGGAAACUGCUGGAAAGUUUUGUGCGCGACAUGAUCGCUAAGCACAAGGAGGACCGGCAGCCCUCCGAAAGCCGGGACUUCAUCGACAGCUACCUGCAGGAGAUGGCGAAGGACGACCGUGGCGGGUGCUUCCGCGAAGAGAAUCUUGUGGCCUGCACGCUGGACCUUUUCUUUGCCGGAACAGAGACCACGUCCACGACCAUCCGCUGGGCUUUGCUCUACAUGGCCACGUACCCAGAAAUUCAAGCGCGCGUGCAAGCGGAGAUGGACGUGGUGGUGGGGCAGUCUCGGCAGCCGGCCCUGGAGGACCGGGCCAGCAUGCCCUACACCAACGCCGUCAUCCACGAGGUGCAGAGGAUCAGCAACAUCAUCCCCUUCAACGUGCCCCGGAUGGCCUCGCGGGACGUGAUGCUGGGGGGCUUCCUCCUGCCCAAGGGCACUAUGUUGAUGCUGAACUUCACCUCCGUGCUCUUCGACAAGAAGGAGUGGGCAACCCCCGACGCUUUUAACCCGGAGCAUUUCCUGAAGGACGGCCAGUUCUGCAGGAGGGAGGCUUUUCUACCGUUCUCCCUAGGGAAGCGUGCCUGCCUGGGCGAGCAGCUGGCCCGCGCCGAGCUCUUCCUCUUCUUCACGGCCCUGCUGCAGAAGUUCACCUUCCGGCCGCCCGCGGACGCGGCGCCCAGCCUCCGCGCCAGGCUGGGCAUCACGCGGCACCCCCGGCCCUACCGCAUCUGCGCCCUGCCGCGCUAGGGCAGGGCCUGCCACUGCUGCUUCAAAAGAAGUGUUUCCUUCAUGUAUAAGUGCACAAAAGUUAAUUUUUAAUAAACUUACAGUUUUGCCUCUGA